GUUUUGAUGAGCUUCUCUCUCAGAAGCAGUCUCUGUGGCAUCUCUGCCCCCACUAAAAGCCAGAUUGUGUUAAACUAACACAAGUGUUCAUAAAUCUCUUCUCAGAAACCUGGUAUCAUCCUUCCACCUCUGCUGUUUUCUCAGGCAAGAAACCAUCGUAUAGAGCUGUUCCACAGCUGCCAUAGGGUCUGGGUCACCUAGAGAUGAGCUUUCCACGGGAGAGGGGACAGUCCUUGAUUGUGGGAAAGGAGCAGCCUCUGCUAGUCCCAAGGGUGAUGUGCAUGUGACACAUCUCCUACACGUGGCACAUCUCCUGAACAUACAGAAGGUCCAGCCGGAGGGAAAGGACCAAAGUGCAGUCUGAGAGCCACACCUGCCUCCUUCCUGGGGCGCUCUUUACUGUUUCUCUGAUAGAGAUAGCUGGGAGUUAUCUGGUCGUUCUAUGGACUUGGUAGGAGUUCCAUGCUUGUUGCGCAGCAUUUUAUCAUAUCAGGGAUUACACAUUCACUGCCCAGCACAUAAAAUAAGGAUCUGCAGUUGGGUUGUGCCACAGAUUGCUUGAAAGCGCCGAGCAAGCACUGGUGUUGCUGCAGGUACCCUUCCCUGGAGGCUCUCAGCUGAUCCCUGCAGAAAUGGCCCUGGGGCUCAGUGCUUCUCCACCAGCUGUGUUUCUGCUCCUGUCCCUGCUGGGUCUGGCUGCUGCUGGGAAGCUCCUGGUGGUGCCGGUGGAUGGGAGCCACUGGCUCAGCAUGCGCGAGGUGCUGGAUAUGCUCCAGAAGAAGGGACAUGAGGUGGUUGUAGUGGCACCUGAAGUCUCCAUGCACAUCAAACCAUCAGAGAACUUUGUGAUGAAAAUGUACCUGGUCCCCUACAAAAAGGAAGAGAUGGAGAAAGAUUUUAAGGCAUUUUUUCAUGGUUCAUUUGAAGAAGGAAUUUUCUUUGAAAGAUUUUUUCAUAUACUUGAAGGUAUGAAAAGAAUCACUAACUUUGGGGUCUCCAGCUGUGAACAGCUCUUGCAAAACAAAGACCUCAUCAGGUACCUUGAGGAGAGCAAGUUUGAUGCUGUCCUUACAGACCCUUUUGUGCCCUGUGGGGUGAUCCUGGCUGAGCAUCUUUCCCUUCCUGCUGUGUAUUUCUUACGAGGAAUCCCAUGUGGGUUAGAUUUUGAAGCCACUCGGUGUCCCAAUCCUCCUUCCUACGUCCCCAGGGUAUUUACACACCUUACAGACCGCAUGACUUUUCUCCAGCGGGUGAAGAAUCUGCUCUUUGAUAUCCCAAAUGCUUUCCUCUGUGAUUUUGCCUUUGAACCUUACUCAAAACUGGCUUCAGAGUUCCUGCAGCGGGAGGUGACCGUGCUGGAUCUCUUACGCAAGGGCUCUGUUUGGCUCCUGAGGUUGGAAUUUGUGCUCGACUACCCAAGGCCUUUGAUGCCCAACAUCAUUCCAAUAGGAGGAGUAAACUGUGCUCACAAGGAGCUGCCUCAGGUGGGUUGCACUCUGUUUUUAAUCCGUGCCUUGAUUGAUUUCUGUGUUCAGGAGGGUGGAAUUCUGUGUUGCGAGAGGAAUCAGGAGGGUGGAAUUCUGUUUUGGCUCCUGGUGGUGCCAGUGGAUGGGAGCCACUGGCUCAGCAUGCAGGAGGUGGUGGAUACGCUCCAGCAGAAGGGACAUGAGGUGGUUGUAGUGGCACCUGAAGUGACUUUGCACAUCAAACCAUCAGAGAACUUUGUGAUGAAAAUGUACCCGGUCCCCUACAAAAAGGAAGAGAUGGAGAAAGAUUUUAAGGCGUUCUUCCAGGCUUCAUUUGAAGAAGGAUCUUUUUUUGAAAGAUUUUUAAAAGUGUACAGAGGUAUGAAAAGAAUCACUGACUUGGAGUUCUCUAGCUGUGAACAGCUCUUGCAAAACAAAGACCUCAUCAGGUACCUUGAGGAGACCAAGUUUGAUGCUGUCCUUACAGACCCUUUUGUGCCCUGUGGGGUAAUCCUGGCUGAGCAUCUUUCCCUUCCUGCUGUGUAUUUCUUACGAGGAAUCCCAUGUGGGUUAGAUUUUGAAGCCACUCAGUGUCCCAAGCCUCCUUCCUACGUCCCCAGGGUAUUUACAGACCUUACAGACCGCAUGACGUUUCUCCAGCGGGUGAAGAAUCUGCUCUUUGACUUCCCAAGCAUUUUCCUCUGUGAUUUUGCCUUUGAACCCUACUCAAAACUGGCUUCAGAGUUCCUGCAGCGGGAGGUGACUGUGCAGGAUCUCUUACACAAGGGCUCUGUUUGGCUCCUGAGGUUGGAAUUUGUGCUAGAGUAUCCAAGGCCUUUGAUGCCCAACAUCAUUCCCAUUGGAGGAGUAAACUGUGCUCACAAGGAGCUGCCUCAGGAGGUGGAAUUCUGUGUUGCGAUAGAAAUCAAGUUCCAUUUCUAG